AUGGCCGUCGAUCUUAUGCGCUUUCCUAAGAUAGAUGAUCAAGCGGCUAUAGAGGAGGCUGCAUCGCAAGGUUUACAGAGCAUGGAGCAUCUGAUCCGUGUCCUCUCUAACCGCCCCGACAAACACAACAACGUCGACUGCUCUGAGAUAACCGAUUACACCGUUUCCAAAUUCAAAACGGUUAUUUCCCUCCUUAACCGUACAGGUCACGCCCGGUUCAGGCGCGGACCGGUUCACUCCACCGCGGCGUCUCCUCAGAAACAACAACAGAGUCAGAUCGUGAAAAUCGCUCAAACGGAGGCUCCGAUAGUUUCUCAACCGACGAGACCAGCGGCGGUUGUUGCGACUCCGUCGAGGAUAGUUCAUUCGAAUCAGCCGAGCUUAACACUCGACUUCACCAAACCUACCAUCUUCGGAUCCAAGAGCUCUGAGAUUGUUGAAUUCUCCAAGGAGAACUUCAGCGUCUCUUUAAGCUCGUCGUGCAUGUCGUCGGGGAUAACCGGCGACGGCAGCGUUUCAAAGGGAUCCUCAAUCUUCCUCACGUCUGCUCCGUCGCAGCCUGUCACUUCCUCCGGGAGGCCACCGUUAGCCGCUCAUCCUUAUAGAAAAAAAUGCCUCGAGCACGAGCACUCGCUCUCGGGGGACUUUUCCGGCAAGAUCUCCGGCUCUGGCUGCCCUUGCAAAAGACGUAGAAAAAAUCGGAUGAAGAGAACCGUGAGGGUGCCGGCGAUAAGUUCAAAGAUCGCCGAUAUUCCACCGGACGAGUAUUCAUGGAGGAAGUACGGUCAAAAACCGAUCAAAGGCUCACCACACCCACGUGGCUACUACAAGUGCAGUACGUUUAGAGGGUGUCCAGCGAGAAAACAUGUGGAACGAGCUUUGGAUGAUUCAACGAUGCUUAUUGUGACUUAUGAAGGAGAGCACCGUCAUAACCAGUCCGCGAUGCAGGAGAAUGUUUCUUCUUCAGGCGUUAAUGAUUUGGUGUUUGCUUCGGCAUGA